GAGAAAAUUUUUCCAUAAAAUGUAAUAAUCACUUCUUUUUUUGUUUUAGAUGUUGUAAUGGAAAAUCCAGAUGGUUCCGUACCGGCUCAUGAUCCUAUUAUACAGGAACCACAGCAAAACAUCGAAAAUCCCGUACCGGAACAUAAUAGUGAUGUCCCGAUACCGGACCAUAAUAACGAGAUUCCUGCACCUGAAAAUCAGGCAGAUUUACCCAUGUCGUCAGCUCAACCCGAGCUUGACCCGGACAUGCUGCUGGCUCUCGGGGAAUCGACCGAGGAUACCCCCGAGUAUGGCGAAAAAAUCCACGAUAAUUUAUCGAAACUUUGGUUACCGUUACUCAAAAAAGGUAUGACAAAUGAAGCCAAAGAUAAAAUCCGAAAAGACUAUUUGGUUCCCGACAACUGUCGAUUGCUACAAGCACCAAAAUUAAACGUGGAGAUUUCAGCAGCCGUACCCGAUAUGGUCCGAAACCGAGACAAAAACCUAGCUGCAGCGCAGCAACAACUUGGCCACGGGAUCGCUGCCGUCAAUAAGGCCAUGGAUAUUCUAAUUAAAUGUGUAGAUUCCAACGGAAUCGAAGCUAUGAAACACCUCAGCAACGGCUGCCGUAUUCUGUGUGACCUUCAUGCGUCAUCUACUCAAAGCCGCAUAAAACUUAUCACACCUAGUCUCGAUAAGACGUUCUUGCAAGUUAUUCAAGACACAGAACGUGAUGAUACCCUGUUUGGUAAUAAAUUGUCCGAGAAAAUCAAGGCAGCGAAGACCAUUGAAAAACAAGGUCUCCAAAUCAAGAAAACGUCCCCAAAGAAACCCGCGCCUGCACAGCCGGCGACAAGUCGAGCGUCGUACUCGGGAAACUGGUCAGCGCCCCCUCGUUACGCGUCGAACAGGGGGGGGCGGAGAGGUGCUCGCAGGCAGACGAAUUACACCCGUCGGACGUUUCCAGCUCCACAACCGGCCAAGACAUCCCCUGCGACCAAGACACGUGCCCAGGCACCGUAACGCAGGGACUGCCACCCCCUACACAAGGGGCUUACCCUGGGGGUCGCGAAGCUCUGCAACAGUCCUUCAGUCGAAGAGGCUCCCCACCAGAGGCUAUAACACUGAUGUUGGCAUCACUCUCCGACAAAACAAUACAGCAAU